AGGUUUGUUGAGCUGGUUACAUACACGGAGAAAGACAUGUUUCGAAGAAAAGAACGACGACGUCUAACAAGUUUGUGAUUGUUUGGGCUUUGGUUUCUCAGUUCUUCCUUAAGUCGGAAUGAAUGAAGUUCAGGUAAGAGCGAUUGGCACUGUGUCAGUCACUCGGCAACAUCUGUGUCUGCAAUCUCAGCAAGUGUGAAUGAGGACGUACUAUGCACCUGGAUAUACACUGUUUUUUUAGUCCCAGUUUUAUCGAUUUUACGUACUGAAAUCUUCAAAUCUGUUCUUUUUAUCUGUGAUCAUGAUUAAAAGUGAAAACAAAAGUGAACGGGCACUGAGAAGUGCAUCUCCUCACAGGAACGCCUAUAAGUCAGACUUCCAUUCCAUCAAAUGCUCAUUUGAUGGGAGCGCAUCAAUCAGCUCGACUUCUCCCUUCUCUUGUGGAGGCAAUGAGACCCGUGGCAGACCGUCGGGCGACAAAGUGAGCAAAAUAAAAAAUAUGUUCUUGCAAAUGGAUGAAAAACAGAACCAAGACAGUCCCAAUUUCAACAAACCCACAUCACCCAAAUUUCCACUGGAUUCCACCCCUUACAGAUCCAGCCUGAGUAGCGUUUCCAGUCUAGAUUCAGCCUCCUUUGAUGCACGGAAAACAGAGGAUGUUUCCAUUGACAAGGCAGCAAUGGCUGAGAAGUUCUCAAUGACCAGAAAGCUGUUUGAGAGUGGCCUUAAAGAGCAAUCUCCAACGGAGAGAUCUGCCUCUGUUAAAGUUAUCUGGUCCCAACCAUUUGAGAGACAAGAUAGGAAAGUGUCAGUUACUGGAGAGAGAAAGGACAAACCUAAAGAGCUAGAGGGACAGGCAAAAGAAAGGGAGUAUGAGGAAAAAGGGAGAAGCGAAAGUGAAACACCAUCACAUAAGUUGUGUGUGUCCAUGAAUGCCGGGCCAAUAUCAAGGCGUCUGGAGAGUUUUAUGUUGGACAGUGAUAGUGAGUCGCUGUCAGCUGCUCCCUCAACUGAAUCCCACAGUCCCAUCAGCCAUUCCCAGUCACCCUCUGCUACUAGUGACCAUUCUGAUCCCCCUUCAUCACCAGACAACUGUAGUUCCCCUACCUCUUAUUCACUAUGGACUGAUUCUCUGGCUGAAACAUGUUUGCCCAAGUUAAAUGGUUCAGAUUCACACAGUACCUCUUUAAAUGGAGUCUGUACGGAGAAGACAUUACUUAAUACUAGUUCCACAGCAAAAGAACAUAUUAAUGAUUCUUCAGAAGAUAGCGUCUCCUCAGAUCCCACUCUUCUGUAUACAAGCGAAAAGAUCCACCACUCGUCUACAAGGAGUACCACUAGUCAUGGAUCUGUAGCAGAGGAUCCUGCACAUCAACAACAGCAAGUUGAAGGUAAUAACUCUGAGAAGGUUUCUGGUUUGUCCACAGUCAGAGCUGAGCUGGUAGUGGUGAAGACUGAAUCAUCCGAGAGUGAAGGCAAUGAGGAGGAACAUGUUGAGGAUGAUGUUUUUGAAGAGGCUGGAAAGGAGAACCAAUCCCCAAAUCACAACUCUGGGAGGGUGUUGACCGACAACGAGGAGCUCCAAUUAACAUUCCUUGUGAAGGAAUCAAAACAGAGCGUUAAGGAACAUGAGGAGGGAUGGAGGGCGGGUGAAGAAUCUGUACAGACUGGAAGAAAGGAAGACCAUAGAGGGGAGGGAAAGUUUCUUGAGGAGAACAUAAUGGAAAAAGAGGAGGAGGAAAAAAACGAGGAGGAGGAUGAGGAAAAAGACAACAAGGAAAUAGAACUAAAGACACGCCGAACUGAAGAGGGGCCCGUACUGGAGACUGUUAUGAAGGAAAGUGAGCAGAAAGCUAUUGAUGUUGAAGAUAAGGAACAGCAGGAUGAACAGAGGAAAGGAGAGGAUGAAGGAGUAGAAGCUGUUGAAGCUAUAGAGGAGGACAAUGAUGAACAAGAUAUGGAAUAUGACGUCUUAUCAGGAAAAGAGAGGCAACAGCAAGAUGAUCAGUGCUUGAUGGGGAAAAGAUCUUCAAUUUGUGGUAUUGAGAAUGCAGCCUUUGUGGAUGACAAGGACAACAGGACCGAUUUGGAAUGUCAAGUGAAGGAGGAAUCCCAGGAAUUUGAAGAACUUCCAGGGCUCUCUGAUGAGGAAGACCUCAGUCCAAAGAGAAAGAUCAAGUUCUCUACAGCACCGAUCAAGGUGUACUUUACCUUCUCUAAUGAAGAUUAUGAUCGCAGUAAUGAUGAUGUGGACCCUGUGUCUGCAUCUGCUGAAUACGAGCUGGAAAAGAGGGUUGAAAAGAUGGAUGUUUUACCUAUAGACAUUCAAAAAGGUAAUGAUGGCCUAGGAAUCAGUAUUAUUGGGAUGGGGGUUGGGGCAGAUCAAGGACUAGAGAAGCUGGGCAUUUUUGUGAAAACCAUCACAGAGGGAGGUGCAGCUCACAGGGAUGGACGAAUUUGGGUAAAUGACCAGAUUGUGGAGGUAGAUGGAAUCAGUCUGGUUGGUGUAACUCAAAUCUUUGCUGCCACCACUUUGAAGAACACCAAAGGUCUGGUCAAGUUUCUCAUUGGCCGGGAAAAAGCAGGAGUGGAGAGCGAGGUGGCCCGUCUGAUCAGCGAGACUCUACAACACGAGGCAAGCCCUGAAAACAAUGAGCCAAAAGAUGAAGACCAUUACGAAGCCCAGAACCAUCAGCUACAGGAUGAAAACCAAAUUUCUCAAAUCCACGACCAAUAUCAGAAUCAACAGGAAAUUGACCCACUCGCUGAAAAGAGUGUUGUGCAACAGGAUAAACAGCAAGAGACUGAAAAGGAGCAGGGGACGGAGGAUGCGUCCAAUGACUUGGCACAGGAAGUGUUUUCACAACUGAGGAGCCAAGGCAUUGAUCUACCUGAAGAUAUCGAUCCUACUGAGCUAGAACAAAAAUUCAAAGAGCUGCAUAUAAAACACAGUAUCACAGUCACAGAACUCGGUCAGUUGAGAGAGAAGCUGCAAGUGAGUGAAGCAGAACGUAAGUCUUGGGAGACUCGAGGUGCAGCUCUUGAAAGUAGUGUUGAAGAGAGCAGAGAGCGCAUUGAAAAGUUGGAAAAACACUGGCUUGAUGCUCAGGCCCUCUGCAAAACCAUCAACCAGCGUUUGAAUGAAGCCCAGAGUCAACAUGAUUCCCUGCAACUCAAAUACAAUAAGACCCUCACACUUCUACAAGAGCACCAACACAGAGAGUCUGAAUGUGCAAGGAAAGAGGCAGAAAUUAAGAGAAAACUGGAUCAAAGGGAGGGAGAAUACAAGAGCAGUGUGAGGCAAUUACAGCACAAGAUAGCUUGUCUGGAGGGCCGCACUGGAUCAAACCAACCCGAAGAGUCUUACAGCCCUGCAGGAGAGAGUCAACCUAGCAGUCCGACCUCCGGUUCAUCUGAAAGAAACGGACUGUCUACAGACGACCUUCAAUCUGAUGCAGACUGGGGUGAUGUUCCUCAGACGGCUCGUCUGGACUGUAGUGUCUACAGAGCCAAAGCUAAGCUGGCACAGGGAUCUCAACGCAAGCGGCCAUCUCGAAAUAAACUCAGAGAGUCAGCAAGAGGCUCACAGGCACCUAGCCAAUCACAGGAAUCUGUGUGCAUACAAGACAACAAUCAAGAAAGAACAAACAGUGAAAGAAGGCGAUCUUACCUCGAGAGCCUAGCCAUACCCAUUCAAUCUAUACAGUUUGGUUAUGACCAAAAAGGUGAACCAGGCGGAGGCGAUGUAUUCAUUCAGAGCCAAACACCCCAAGGAGGCAGCAGCACACAAGCUAGCCUGUCUCCACCUAAAGACUCUUCUACCCCUCAGUCCCCAUCCUCCUCACAGUCCUCCUCUAGUCUACUUCUCAAUCUGAGAAACAGGAGGAGCAAAGGCAAGGAGCGCAGCAAGAGCAGGGCGAGCAGAGAUGAAGAGAGUGAUGGUUCACCAACACGAAAGUCCAAAAGACGAUUCCCAGAUUUCAGUGGUAUCCGCAGGUCUGGAGGCAAAGGCAAAAAAAGGGAGAGCAUCACACUCAGAGGAUCUGUAGGGAGCAGGGGAUCAGGAGACUUACUGGAUGAGUCCAGCAGCAAUGUUUCCCCCUCUGGCUCCAUCUCUUCCGUCCCUUCCUGUAUGCCAUUUUCCUGGUUUGGGGACAGAGAGAAGGGAAAAGAGAAAGAGCGAGAGAAAGAGCGUUCUGCAUCCAGCUGCAGUCUGCCUCGUACUCCUUCAGAAGGAUACAUGGAGGAUCGUACAAACACGGGCUUAUCUGUGACGGAUGAUUCGAUCGCAGGUAGUCCUCGCUCUGUGUUUGCGGGGUUACUGAAAAAGCCCCGUCUCCUGGGGCGUUCACACACACAUGCCUUCUCCUCCUGCGAGACUCUUGAUGAUGGCCCUGCUCCAGCUGCAAAGCAAUACAUGUGGCAGAACCGCCCCCUUUCACAGUGGACCAAUCAGCAGGUCUGCCACUGGUUGAUGGGCAUGAACAUGGAACAGCAUAUAGCUGAGUUUACAGCUAAAGGUGUGGAUGGCCAACAUAUCUUAUGCAUGGACAGCAGUAAACUUAAGGAGCUUGGUGUUUCUAGCCAAAGAGAUCGUUCCACCAUUAAGAGGAGACUAAAAGAUAUGAAGAAGGCUCAGGAAAAACUUGAAAAGCAGCAAGUUAAAAGAGAGAAAGAGGCCAGGAAUAGAAGUGGUCAGCCAACAAACGUUGAAUCGGCCUGCUGAGGUAGUAGCCAAACCCGUUCAGUCAAGAGACCGCAAAUGUGCACACACACCAAUCCGAGUAAUGAUAAUGUGUGCUGAUAGAAAUGGAGUAGAUUGUCUCGCACACACAGGUGAUUUAUAGACUGGUGGGAAAGUAACAACAUGGGUGAACACUAGAGGUCUUCUGCCAGUAAAGCCUGUAAAUGCGACUUUAAUAAGUUUGUCGUUAACAUCUCUUUUUUACACAACCCAGGAGUUAAAGAAUCGAAUCCUGUCUGCCACACUGAUUUUUAACAUGCAUAAUGG